AUGCGCGUCACUUUCUGCCAGGUCGUGCUGGCUGCCGCCAUCACCUUCAACCUGCUGGUCCUCUACUACAUCUCCCGGCUGCAGCAGCACGUCCUCCACCGCCACAGAGACCACGCCCAGCCCAACCCCCGUCCGCAGGCCAGUCCCCUGAGGCCCGGCGUGACCGUCCUCAUCAGGGAGUUCGAAGAUUUCGAAAACUACGUUCCCGACGUGGCCCGGUCCUUCUUGAGGCAGGAUCCAGAGCUGCCUGUCAUCGUGGCGGCAGAUCGCCUCCCGUACCCGCCCGUGGUUCUCCCGAACGGUCCCAACGUCCGAGUGGCCCUCCUCAAGCCGUCCCCUGACCAGCCCGCCCACGUGUUCAGGCUCGAGACCUACGUGAGAACGGAACACGUAGCCCUGGUGCCCGACGGGGCGAAGGCAGAUGCAACGUCCCAGCUGGAGCGGAUGCUGGAAGAGUUCAAGGCCAGCCAGAGCACGGUGGAGAUGGUCGCGGCUCCCGUACGCUCAACGACUCCCCUCCAGUGCCUGAACCUCCGGGUCAACCUUAAAGAAUGGACAGCCGAAUACAUGGCGGCCCCUCCUUCCGCCAAGCUGUGCACGGCCUUGAAGGGAGAGGCCGUCCUUCUCCUCCGCACCAAGGACUUCUUCAACCUCUCCGUGCCCCUGGCCAAGCCCCUGACGACCUCCCUCUUCAUCCAGACCUCCCUGAGGGGUUGGGCGGUCCGCAUCCUCGACGUCUCCUUCUCGGCGCUUCACCACCCUUUGCUCACCUCCUCCCACAACCAGUGGAAGGCCGACAACCUCGCCAGAUCCAACCGGCUGCAGCUCUUCCGGGAUUUUGGGAUCAAACGCGUCGUCCUGCCGGACGGGAAGGAGCAGUGGUUCGGGUGCAGCAAGGAGACCCCGCGGUGCUUCGGCACCAUCCACGACGACACCCCGGAAUACCUCUACCAAAACCGCUGGACUCCGCCCUGCUGCCUCAAAGCGUUGAGAGAAACGGCCAAAUACGUCAUCAACAUCCUGGAGACAUCCGGGGUGCGGUACUGGCUGGAAGGCGGGACUCUCCUCGGGGCAGCUCGUUAUCACGACCUUAUCCCGUGGGACUACGACGUCGACCUAGGCAUCUACCUGGAGGACAUCCCCAACUGCGAGCUUCUUCGGAACGCCGAGUCGGGCUCCAUCGUCGACGAGAAGGGCUUCGUCUGGGAGAAAGCAAUCGAGGGGGACUUCUACCGAGUGCAGUACAGCGAGCACAAUCACUUGCACGUCGACCUCUGGCCUUUCUAUCCCAAGAACGGCAUGAUGACCAAGGACACUUGGAUGGACCACCGGCAGGACAUUGAGUUCCCCGAACACUUCCUGAAGCCCCUGGUCCCCAUUCGGUUUGCCGGAUUCCUGGCUCUCGCACCCAAUGAUUACCGGGCCUUCCUGGAGCUGAAGUUUGGAGAAGGAGCCGUCGAAAACCCGGAAUAUCCCAACCCGGCACGGAAAAGAAUGGAGGAAGGAAAACUGAACAGGCAAAAGUUCACCCCGUCUGGUGUCCUCUUUCCAGAAGACGCCUACGGGAAGGGCGGGAAGGCUUUUGUCCUCACCUGGCUGGCCAAGGAAGCAAAGACUGGUGCGGUCCCAUCCCUGGGCAACUUCUCCUUCUCCCGGAGCCUCUCGACAGAAGUGACAUGCGAGGGGCCAGAUACCAUUGUGGACACUCCCUGCAAGGUCUGCGUUCGAGAACGUGAUGUACAUUUAGAGUGCCCGUCCCACCCGCUGUCCGGGCAGCACAACCAGCUGAAGCCUUAUUCUGCCACAGAUGUCGAUCAGCUCUUCGCCCUAAUGAUGCGGGAGGGAGUGGUGGGGAAUGGCAGGAGCCUUUGA